CAACAACAAUGCAUGAUUGUGGUCAUUCAAAAAUGUCGACGUAGAAUCUGGCAGGAGUAGCUACUACUCAUUUCCUUGUUGGCCCCCUCUGCAUGUGAACCUGCAUAUUAUUGAACUCUCUAUUUUUACAGUAUCUGUCUGAUUUUGUAGUUCCUCGGAGGUUUGAAGAAGCCUAGUAUUUGUGCACAUUUUAUUUAUUUUUCGUUGAAGAAAAACAAAUAGAAAAUGCAGUUAUUUGCUCGAAGUGGUAAUCCUCGUACCCAACGAUUGUUGGCGUUGGCGAAGAUUUCGGACGUCGAGGUGGAUGUGAUUGCCGAUACAAGUUCAAAUAAUUAAGGCUACACUGAAUCCAUCUUACCGAACAUCGAACGAUCUUGCUCCCGUUUUUAAAGGAGAGAACCAAGAUGCUCAGCAAGAUGGAUUUACUCAAAUUCUAAAAUAAGGAUGCUUUCGGAAAGAUCCCUGUACUUGAGGUUAAAAAGGGCUCUUGCAUCUUUUCCUCCAAUGCGAUCGGCCGAUACCUUGCCCGCAUGCGACCCGAUAUCGGAUUGUACUUCUACACUUCUUGUUAAGGUGGAUUUAUCACUGGCUUCCUGCUUUUAGUGUUAUAGUUUAUACUCUGUUACCUCAAGUAGUGUAUACUGUUAUUAAGCUGGAUCAUAUCAAAUUGUACUGGUAACAAGACGUGAGUGCAUUAAUGAGCAUGAAUUUACUUCAGGUAUGGCCAAAAUUUCAUCGAAGGAGGCGAGGUUGACAGCUGGGUCGAGUAUUCAACGCAUGAACUCGAAAAUCCAAUUUGCGCAUGGACCUUUCCGAUGGAGCAGAUCUUUCCAGUACUUGUAGAUAUUUUUCAGUAGAUCAUCAUCAUUCUUCAAUGUUGUACUGAAUUGUAUUUGAAAAAGAUCUUCUGAUAAUCUUCUAGUACGUCUUGGUCUUUUAUAGAAUGUAAAUUACAUUCUAUAUUAUCUAACAAAUAGAUACCCAACAAACAUGUACUAGUUCUUAGUUGAGCCAGGUUACCUUGUCGUAUUAAUCAGAAAUCAUGAUCAAUCCUGACGACUACAUCGUCCCCCCCCCAAUUCGUCCCACGACAGGAAGUGACCCACGCGACCACUCGAGCGAAGAUGGACGUCGCAGCGUGUUUGAAGACUUUAGAUAUGCACCUGACUCUGAGGACUUUCAUGGUAGGAGAAAAGCUGACAUUCGCGGAUGUUCAUAUUGCGUCAGUCCUAUGGAGCCCAAUUGAGAAACACAAGUGCCUCACCGAAAUGAUGGAACCACUUGUGCAUCUUACGAGAUGGUACAUCGUUCUUGAUCACUUGUUCACUAGUAUCUGUAUCUUCGUGAUUUGGAGUUAUAGUUUUUGAGUGAACUACUACGCUAAAGAUACUUUUCCAAGCAGCUAGUAUCUCGUUUCCAAAGGAAUUACUUUUCCAUCGAUCAUCGUUAAUAAACAAGGUACAAGUUGAUUACGGCGCAGCCAGGAUGGAAAGCUGCCUUCGGUGCCAGCAGCACUAUGGGAGCUAAGGGAGGUGCUGGUGGGAAGCCAGCGACAGCAAAGGCAGAGGCCAAGCCAAAGGCGAAGGCUGAGGCAAAAGCCAAAGCAGAGCCCAAGGCGAAGGGCGCAAAAGCAAAGGCUCCCGCUGCACCAGCAGCAGCACCGGAGAAGCCAGCAGGACCAUCACCGGCCGACAUCAAAAAGAAAGUACUUCAAUGAAUUUGGCUACUGGUAGAAGAUGACUUUGAUUGCUUAAUUCAAAUCUCUAACUUUUGUCAACGUAUAACUUUUUUUUUACACGUGCAACCAACUACUGCAAUCAAACAAAAAUCAGGUGAUCAAGGAAGGCGGCAAGCGCGGAGUUGAGAUAGAAGGCGUUUCGGAUAUGGGCGGACUCAACUUUUUCUGUAUUGCUGAUACAUUUUUUUACGGACUACUUGACUUUGGAUAGUGCUCGACGUCGAACGAUAUUAGAAGAAAUUUAAUGCAAAGGCAAUGCUAUUGAUGGAGUCAUUUUCUCAACAGUCAAAACUACUCGUGUUGAUUAUAGACAAACUUCCGAUCAGUCACCUACUUUCUACCACUUGUGGCUGUGCUUCCCAGGUACUGCCGUCGACGCACCUAAGGGUGACUUAGAAUAUACGGAGAUGAGUGUUGACGCUAUGAACGCAAAGGCCGACCCAGCAGAGGAAGAGCGAAGAGGCGGGUCAGGUCAUGUCGGAAAAAUGAUCUUUAGUUCCGAUGUAGAUUGUGCAUGUGUCUGCUACGUGCCGGAGAAGUUGCAAGGUAUUUUGGCUAUAUUUGUUCCAUGUUGGGUCUCUAAGGUGUGUGAUUGCUGCACAUCGAGGGGCGCUACAUCGAGAGGCCAGCAAGGCGCAGCGUUGGCAGCUAGUAGGAACGGUUGGGGCAGGAUGUCGGGCCGACGACGCGAGUGCGGCCCCGUGGGGGGCUGGUUUUCCGUGCGGGCGCAUCCUGAAGAAUGGCGGGAGCGAUAGGGGCGCAAGGCCCUGCACGGACGUGCCGGUGCCGGGCAAGAGUUCCGCAAAGCGCUGCGGAGCUAGCAUGUUGCGAUAGGUCGAGCCGGGGGCGUCCUCGGGGGCCGGACAUCUUCGCAGUGGUGUCUGCCCAGAGCGCCGCGCACUUGCUAGCAGCAGCGCCCUAGGGGCCGAGGGCCUCGAAGCAGAAGGGUGAGCACAUAGGGCAAGUAGUGAGGCAGCCCCCAGCGCGCCCGGAAAGUCACGCGGGGCCGGACUGGGGGAAGGGGGUCACGGAAAUUACACGCGAAAGCUUGGCGGAAACGCUUGCAGGGAGCGGCGAGGGGUACAGUUGAGCCGACAAAAGUCGCCCGCCCACGGAUCUGGGCCGGCGUCGCAUUCGCAGGCAGCGCCGGAACGGCAAGACGCUCGCGCAAGGGCGACGGCGCUCGCGGUUCGGUAAUUGAAUUCUUCGCAGCUCUCUCGUCCGUGGCUUGCGAUUGACCGCCGGACGAGAACAAAGGGCGCGCCGUGUCCUCUUGCAUGCUGGCGCGCGGCGGAGCAGGUGACGGAGGUAGAUGCUGGACUUAAUGGCCAUCGAAGAACUGGGCGCGGCUGCUGCCUUGCGCGUGCAAUCAGGUGAAAGCUGGCAGGUAAAAGCUUGGGCGGGGUCUUUCUCUUGGGGAAUCUCCUCGCUUUUCUGGCUUUCGCUGGGAGGCGUGGGCGAGUGCCUUUGCCAUGGCCAGGAGACAAAGACAGAGGCGCGGCAAGUUUUAGCACGCGCCGGCCGACGUGGGUGCGCAGAUCGCUGCGCAUUGCAGGCGCAGACCUUCGGGGGCUACCUAGGUGUGGGCUGGGCCUUGGUUGUCGUGUCGUGGUGCACAACUCCGUGGGCCGGGUGAGGUGAGUAAUUCCCUUGAAAGAGCACCGGGCUGGGCCGUUCUCGUAAUAAAUUCCGCUCCAUGAUGAUCGGCUGGCAACGCUCCGGGGAGCCUGGGCGCGGGUGGGAAGCAUCGGCUCAGCAAAUUGCGGCCACCUGAGUAGUCUGAGGAGUGAAAGCGAUAGCUGGCGGCAUGCGAGGGGGUGCGUGCGUGGGUGUCGGCCGCUACGUCUACAAUGGACGCAGAACGCCCCUGAACUUGUUCAGACACAGCAGACUGACACAAAAUGGGACUGAAGUGACAGCGGUCGCACUGCAAGGAAAGAAGUGGAAAAGCAGCACGCCGCCGGUUCCGCCAAGUCUUGGGCUUUUAUUUUUGGGGCACCGCGGGGGGCUACUGCGGUACUCUGGACGUAGGCGAUCGCCAUCCCCUCGCCGCAAGAGAGCCCUCGGGCCACCGCCUGGCCUUCAAGAAGUCGAAAAGCUGCGGCGGCUACUUACGCUCACGCGGCACCUGUGGGAGCUUGGCUUCGUCGCAUGGCCAAGGAAACAGUGCCGCAGGUCGUCCAUCUAGUGCCCCCGCGGUACUACCUCAAGCACAUGGGUCCCCGCGUCGCAAAGAUAUUGCGCUGCGACAUGCGAAAGACGUGGGUGAGGUGGGCAGCGGAGUGAGGCACUGCGCCGGUGGCGGGGCGUUUGCUUGUCGUGGGGUCAUGUUUCUGCUUCGGGUUCAAUUUAUUAUCCUUAUCUGUUAAUGCUGCGGGCGGUGAUUUCUCGAGCGUGCGGGCGCAUUGCUGGGCUGCCGCCUGCUGGAUUCCCUCGGCCUUACUCCGCCUUGCUUUCUUUCUUCGAAUAUAUAGUCAUGAUUUUGUUGCUAUCGGUUCCUUGCCCCUCUCUCUACCUUUUACAUGUGAUAUAUAUCUUCAAUGCUAUCUAUCACAGACAAAACCACCGCUGACGUUUGGAUGUUAGCGAUGUUGAAGGCUAUGGGGGAGGAAGCUUCGUAUGUGAAGGAGAAGAGCACGAAAACUAAGGCUUUCGCGCUGUUGAAGGGUAACCCGGAUAAGUUCCGGUUUGGAAUUAAGAUGAAGGAUGAUGCGCUGACUCAGGCCAACGCCUACCUGCGAAGCAACGGCCUCUUCCCAGACGAUGACUCCGAUGAUGAAGAGAUGGUCUUCGGCGAUGACGACUUCCCGAGCUAAGCGAUUUUCAGUAGAAGAUGAAAAGUUCCAGAGGCCGCGGCUUGUACCAUUUGCUACAGGAUUCUUCAUCAAAAAAUAAGUUCGGUUGAAGCAUAUUAAUCAGUAUCAGUCUAUGCGCAAGCACAAGGACAAAGCACACAACUACAUGUAGUUGGGAGAAGGUUCACACUUGAAGAUGUACCCUGGUGCAGUGCCACGAGACGCGAUUCAUUUUACGGAGGAGAUUCAUUUCAUGAAAAUUACCAUUUGUCAUACUUUUACAUAAAUUAUCACAGCAUCCUUCGUGAUGUUAUUUGUCAGUUACCACAGAUGGACCUAACACGGUCCGGUCGUUGGUGUCACAUAACCAUCACUUUUAACUUCAAGUGCUGCGGCACAGAAUUACAAACGGUGCCUUCUGCAUGAGCACGUUUUGAUGCUCUCGCUCUUCGUGCAUGAGAUAUCAAGACUUAGACCCUUACUGCAUGUUGACCCGCUUCAUUUUGAGAUUUUUGAAAUACAAAGAACUGAACGUCUCAUCGUUUUUCUUUCCAGGAGACAAAUUUCAAAUUAUGAAAUUCACGCACACCCACCGGAUCGAUGGCGAUGGUCAGAAUAUUUGGG